AUGUUUACUACGUGCUUUGCAGCGCCUUCAAUUCAAAACAUAAAGAUUUUAUGGAGUGCGGGAAACCCACCCCAUCGUCGUAAGGUAUCCACCCCAACGAAGACAUAUACACAUUUCCAUGCUCCAUCUAUACUGGGUCGGUUGUUUCCAUCGAGGACUCCAGCACGAUUAGAUAUCUAUGGCGUCUUCAAGUUAAGACAUUGUUUAUACCAAAAAGAGGGGACAAGUGAUGGGAAGAAGACGUGGGGCAGGACUCCAACACGUCUAUCCCAGGGUAUAUUGUUAAAGAUAAAGGUUCUAUACACUGUGUUGUUUGUCAAUGCUCACCCCAAUCACGCUGCUAGAUAUGAUUUUGAAAGGACAAAAACAAGAAAGACUUUAGUGGAACAGUCCACGCUGGCGACGCAGUCGACUUUGAUCAGCCGAAUGCCAAGUGGUGACGAAAAGGCGUUUCUUUCUACUACACAAUCUCAACAAAACACUUACGACAAGUAUUCUAUCUUAUUCGUAGAACGCAUUUUUGCAGUGGUGGACGUGAUAGAGUGCAGAAAUGACAUCAACGUCAUAGUCCCAUUACAGAGCCAUUUUAACCAUUGGUUAAACCUCCCUAUUUUUGAGAUGGGCGAAGGUAGCUCGCAGCCGCGCAACAUGUUCCCCUCAUACAGAGAGGCGGAACAUACACAUAAAAACGGAUCCAUUGAACCGAAUCACAACCCUGCCUCCGGAUCCCUUACAAGCCCCGUCGAGGCGACAUACGGCAGUGACCAGAUUUUCAACGGAGGUUCGAUUACAGAGCCAUUUCAACCGCUGGCUUUACCUCGCUAUGUCGAGAUGGGCGAAGGUUCCUCGCAGUCGUGCAACAUGUUUUCCUCAUACAGAGAGGCGGAACAUAUACAUACUAAAUCUAAAUCCAUUGAACCGGAUCGCAACCUUGCCUCCGGGUCCCUUACGGGCCCUGUCGAGGCGAUAUACGGCAGUGACCAGACUGUCCAUGGAGGGUAUGUUGUAGUUCCGCCUCUCAAUCGAAGAGAACUAAUGUCAAAUAAAUUUGAACCAGAUGAGAGUGCCGCAUGCGUCUUGGAGAGGUGCAGAGUGGAAGUGAGGCGAAUGGAGAAUAGAAGCUGGUGGACGGAUGGAUAA